GCGAGCGAAUUAGUUUCUUGUCAGAGCUGUUGUGUGAAAGGUGUUGUCUUCGUCAUUUUUGUCCUUAAAUCGUGCAACUGAGAGACUAAAUGGGAUUUGAUAGCAGUACACAUACAUAUGUAUGUAUAUGUAUACAAAGUGUAAAAGCUUUGAAAACAAAUUAAUAAACAAAAUAAAUAAAGAAAUAAAUAAAUAAAAAGGAAAAUGUUUGUGCAAUGGAUUUGGAGAGAAUUCUAAGAAAAAAAUGAAAUGAAAUAAUAAAAAAAAAUAAUUAUAAUAAUAUAGAACAAUAAACCAAUCGACAAGGAACUAUGCAAUAAUAUAAGGCCAUAAUUUAACUAAUAUAUAGAUACAUCUAUAUACAUAUAAUAUAUGUAUUAUAUGUACAUACAUAUGUGUAUAUAAAUAUAUGAAUAUAUGUAAAAUGCAUUUUAUUAAGUGCUUUUAAAGCCACUUACUGAAAACCCAAGAGAUUAAAAUACUGAUUUUAAAUUAUUAAAAUCCUAAAAUAUAAAAUUAAAAAUAAAUUACAAAAUAAAAGCAUAUAAAACGGAUCGCUUCAAAAGCGGUACUUUUACAUACUAGCAUACAUACAUAUAUAUGUAUGUAACAGCAAGUUUAAAGCAUCAAAAGAGGAAACCAAGAACUUCAACAAUACAGGGGUAGUGCAAGAAAAGAAAAUAUUAAAAUAUAAAGGAGACAAAAAAAAAAUACUGAAAAAACAAACACUAAUGCAAUAAACUUCUUUCGAUAUCUGUGACAAUUUUGGCAAUUUAUUCGAAAAAAGAGGAGAAACAAAAAACGUAAGGAAUCCGAGAGACGCCGAAAAGAUUUAACGCAUACAGCUGUAUACAUAUAUACAUACAUACAAUCAAAAGUCAUUAGAUUAAAGCAUUUCCAUCUGCAUACGUGCAUGUACAUAUAUAUGUAUUCAGUUCUACAUAUGUACAUAUGUAUGCACAUACAUAUAUUCUACUAAAUGUAUACAAAAACAAACAUUUUCUUCACACAUAACAUGCAUGCAACCAUAUGUAUGUAUACAUAAAUAAACAUAAAGAAAGAACUUCCAAAAAAAAUUAGAGUUUGGAGAAUUGCUGGAUUAGAAAAUAUACGAAUGCUAUCUUCCGAAAUAUUUUAUUAAAACAAAAACAAAUAAAAAUAAAAUAAAAAAUAAAAAUAAAUAAUGAAAAUUCCGCAAUUUAUUACAAAGCUUAAGUAAAAAAGUAAUAAUUUUAUAAAGCAAAUUUAUAAAGAAAAAUAAAAUUGGAAGAGAAUAUGCAGUCAAAUAUCAACUCAAAUACAUAUUUGGUUGUAAUGACAACAAAAUUAAAAUCCGAAUAAUAUUUCAACAACAACAACAACACUCCAAGAAACCAGAACACAAAAGAGAGGAGCAACACACAAACGCAUCGCUUGAUACUUGAAAAAAAAAAAAAAACUAACGAAACAAAUUUUGUUGGGGAGCAAAAGCUAAUUCGAAACUCCAGCUCAUACGUAUGUGUAUGUACACAUACACACAUACAUACAUAUAGAGCAUAAUACUCAAAGAGUAUUCCACGAAAAAUAGUAAUAAAGCGGAGACGCCAAGAGCAACGAAACAGCGCAACAAAACAAAAAUCAAAUUAUUGUAAAAGGGAAACGGAAAAUACCCCAUAGUUUCGUUGGACAGUCAGCCGUCGCUGGGUUUUCCUUUCUAUCAGCCACUAAACCAUUGACAGCAGAAAUAUACAUACAUAAGCAGCAGCAGCAGCAGCGGCAGCAGCAGUAGUAGCAACAGCGACGUCGACACACAUACGGCGAGCGAUUGCAUUUGACGAGCAGUACACACGAAUAUACAAACAUACCAUUUUGUAUGCCUGUGCCAAGAAGCAGUUUAAAGUUAAUUGUUGAAGAGAUUGACUUCUUCUCGAUUAUUCGAGAACUUUUGCUGAGGUCAUUAAGUGAGACUUUAUGAUGGAUCUCGUACAAAACAUACCGUCUGCCACCGCCGUCCCAAAAAAAUCACUGCCACCCAAUCGCAAUAACGCAUCCAACACGCCAUCACCACCAUCACAACCGAGUACGGGCACGAUGACGAGCACGAGCACGAGCACGAGCACGACCAAAGGACAUUAUGCAAAUGGCUUUGGGACUGGUGCUAUUAGUAAAAAUGGCACAAAUGGUACAAAUGGCUCUACCACCACGACAGAUCGUUUGAUUGCUGGUAUUUUUGAUAAGUUUCCAUCUUGGGAUAUGACUGGUCGAUCUAUGGCUAAUCCACCACCACCACCACCGUCUAAAGACAAUUCCAGUUCAUCGCCACCCAAGGAGUUCGGCAAAAAUGCAUUUUUUGGAGAUUUCGUGAUGGGCAAUUUCUGUGACAAUGUUAAUGAUAACGGUGAUGACAACGUCAUCGCUCGACCGAACAAGAAACGUAGCAAUAAAAAUUCAUCGUCUGAAUCAUCCAACAAUUCAAGUAUAACUUGUAGUUGGUGUGAUUUAAACGCAACUACUCAUUGCAUUCAAUGUAAUGAGUUAUUGUGCAGUGGCUGUGUACAUCAACAUUAUAGAAUAUCACCUGCCAAAACUCAUUCGAUUGUUACGUGGCCCACACUUCCUGGCUGUGUGCCUCAAGUGGUUGGUACCUUCUGCGUAGCGAGUGGUAUGUUUCCUCAGCCGAUUGGCACCAAGCCCACCAACUUCAAUAGCGGUGCCAUACCGAAAACUAAUGUAAAAUUGCCCAAACCGAUUGGAACCUCACCGACUGGCGCACCAAUUCCCACCAAACCACCGAGCCGUGCUGCUGCUGAUUUCCCAAACGAUAUACAAAGUGAGGAUUUUCGCUAUUUUUGCGAUAUGCAUCUUGAGCAUUUGCGUUACGUUUGCGAUUCGUGCAAAUCGAUGAUUUGCCAGUAUUGUACCUUCCAAGAGCAUAAUGAUCAUAACUACAUUGCGGUCGGAGCAUAUGUCGAAGAAGCAAACGAGAGGAUAAGAGCGGCACUCGAUAGUAGUCGUACGGGCACCAAGUGCAUUAAGAAUACCAUAGACAAAGUUUUGACAUGCAUCAGAUGUGUCGAUCGUAAUUUUAACGAAAUCAUCGAUAAUAUUCAUAAAUCGUUUCGUCAAUAUCUACUUGCCUUAGAGGAUCGUGAACGUUUCUUAGUUGAUUUUGUCGAGAAAUUACGUCAACGUCGUUUAACUGUUUUAAACGACCAAAUGGCCGGCUUGAAAUCAGCAUUAGCUGGACUCGCCGAAACGUCAGUAAUGUUAAACAAGGUUUCAACUAAUAGCGAAAAUAUGGAGGAAACAGAUAUCGCUAUUAAAAUAUCAAAUGGCCUACGCCAACUGGAACAAUUCGCUGCCAUACAUCAAGAUCUACAGCCAAGACAGGAAGUAUAUGCCUUCGUACCGCCAGAUUAUAAUCUUUUGCAAGAGUUACGCGCCCAAGGUGGUGUCGUUUUGGUGGAGGAUCCCAAUGCGCCUCCUUUGCAGAAUUCUGGGCCUCUAAUUCCACUUCAAUGUGCGGAAAUGGGUGCAAUGGCUUUACCUCUACCUGGCGCUAAUGGCCAGACGGCUGCCAAUAUGCAAAUGAUACCAGUUAACAAUAAUGGAGCGCGUCGUCCGCCAUUUACGCGUGAGAACAGUUUCCGUAGCAUUGAGUCACCCUUGUUGCAAUCGUUGGGUACUGGUGUUGCCACUGAUGGUUACCACAAUAACAAUCUUGAAUGGGAAAGGAACGUAAUGCGUAUCUCACCGAAUUUACAUUUUGGCGCACCACGUACCACACAGGCCAUACCGGGUUGCAAUGAAUUGGUCAGGGCACGUCAUAUGCUAACACCCACGAUAUCAUUCGCAACCGAGGGACAUGACGACGGACAAGUUAGUCGUCCGUGGGGAUUGUGUGUUGAUAAAUUUGGCAAUGUUUACAUCUCCGAUAGACGUAAUAAUCGUGUGCAAGUAUUCAGUUUAGAGGGUAUGUUGAAAUUUAAAUUCGGUCGGAAAGGUGUUGGAAAUGGUGAAUUUGAUUUGCCAGCCGGCAUUUGUGUUGAUAUGGAUAAUCGUAUUAUUGUUGUGGACAAGGAUAAUCAUCGUGUACAGAUUUUCACAGCGAAUGGCUUAUUUUUGUUGAAGUUCGGCAGCUAUGGCAAGGAGUAUGGACAAUUCCAAUAUCCAUGGGACGUGGCUGUGAAUUCACGUCGCCAAAUUGUUGUUACCGACUCACGUAAUCAUCGUAUACAACAAUUCGAUUCGGAGGGACGCUUUAUACGUCAAGUUAUAUUCGACAAUCAUGGCUUAAAUAAGGGCAUUGCUUCGCCACGUGGUGUCUGCUAUACACCAGCUGGAAAUAUUAUAGUGUCGGACUUUGACAAUCAUUGCCUGUAUUUGGUCGAUCCGGAUGUGAAUGAGGUUUUGUCCGCAAAAGGUCAUGAGGGCUCUGGCGCUCAAGAAUUCAAUCGUCCUUCUGGCAUUUGCUGUGAUGAUGACGGCCGUAUAAUAGUAGCAGAUUCCAAAAAUCAACGUAUAGUUAUUCACUCGCCCGCAUUGGAUUAUUUAUGGAGUAUCGAUAUACGUCCGUCUAUAAACCGUUUAAUGCCGCCAACAAUCGAUGAGAAGGAUCGCACUUGUGAUGUUGCUGUGUUGCCCGAUGGGCGCAUUGUUUUCCUAAUCGAAUUAUCACCGGAUUCCAAAGAAGGUACAAGUCCUUAUAAAAGAUUUGUGCAUAUUUUCUAAUUAAAAGUUGAAUAUUAAUAUAUUAUAUUAUAUAAUAUAUACAUAUGCAACUACUCGUAACAAAAUAACGCCAAGCAUAUGUUACUAAAAAUGUUUUCUUUUUUUUUUUUUAAACGUAUUAAUUGUGUGUAGUAAGUUGCUUGGAGAUACCUAUUUUGUUAGUUGUGUAACAACACACAUAUAUUUAUGUAUAUGUAUAAAACCGUAUAUGCAAAGGCAUACAUUCUUUAAAAUUAUGUAUGUGAAAAAAAAAUUACAUUUUUUUUUUUGCUUUUUUACAAUUGAGACUGAAUUAACAGAGUUUAAUGUAAAAAUUCACUUGAUUGUGUUCAUUAGAAUUUAAACAGGAUAUUAGUAAAAAUAUUUAGUUGAUAAGUGCGCGCAAAUGAAAAACAAAAGAAUGAUCAAAAAACAAAAAAAUUAUAAAAAUAUGUAUGUCUAAAAAACCAGCAGUAGGCUUACUAUGUUUUUUAUUUUUUAAAUAUACAAAAAAUUCAUACAUGACUUAUAUUUUGUAAGGACAAUAGUCAAAAUUAUUAAUGUCGCCGCCCGCAGAGGGCUGCAGUCGCAAUAGCCGGCAGGGAAUGUGAAGCGCUCGGAGUAUAUUUCAGACAUGAAAUAAAAAUUCCUCAUAAAAAUCGGUGGGUGCUGGUGAUAGUUCUAAAAUUGCUCUAAGAUUGGGCAUUUCUCAUUCUAAAUUACACGAGGGCUCUCAAAAGAUUCUUCAUGAACGCCUUUUAUUUGUAUAAUUUCCAAUGAUUUUUAUUUAAGCUGCACAUAUAUAAAUAUGUAUAUGUCAUAUUUAUGAACGUAUGUGAGUGGUUGAUAAAAAAACUUCAUACCAGAGCGUCCAACCAACACUUUUUCAUGUCCCAGCACGUUCUCUUCGACUACGGUAGUCAGUUUUACUGAUCAUCUCAUUUCUUUUUUUUUUGUUUGUUCGUUUCAAAUCCUUAUUUUAAAGUUAAAAACAAAAAUUUAUUAUAUAGUAUACACAACACUUCCAUUAUAUUAUUUGUGUUAUGAAAAGAAAAAAGAGCGCCAAACCAUAUACGCACCGCCCCUCUGCAUAACAUGCUUGUAAUCCAUGGAGUAUCUACGGGAAAUUAUUUUUUAAACUACUCCCAAAAAGACAUCAUAUGGAGUACAUGCCGUAGGUUACAUGGUGAUGGAGUAUUUACAAAAAAAUUAUAUUCCAGCAAACUUUUUAAUUUCUUAUUAAAUACCCUUUUCGAAAAGUUAGUAAAUCAUCAUAUGUGCCAUAUAAAUGUACAAUAUGUAUAUUAAUGGUAAUUAUUUAUUACAAAUUUAUGCCUUAUAAAUAUACAUAUUUCAAUUUGAGCAUUUGUUCGUUUUGUAUUGGAAUAUAUUAAAUAUAUUCACACAAAGUUCUACAGCAGAGCUCACCAUCGAAACGAAGCUCACUUAAUAUCAGCUUCACAUAGUUUCCUUAAACGAUCCUAAAUCUUACUGCGCACUUGCAACUGCAUUUAGCGAUUGCAGUAACUUUAAAACACUAACAGAGCAGGGUGGUUAGCAAGAAGUGAGUUGAUCCAAUAGUACAUUACCGAGUAGUACCUAUUGGAUUACUUUAUUGUCCGAAUUCCUUUUCAUAUACAUAUGUAUGUCUACUCAAGUAAUAUAUGCAUGUACAUACAUUUGUAUGUAUUUAAAAGUUGGGGAAAAUCCAAUUCAAUCCCAUACUUGCGACCAUUGAGCGCUGUUCAGAAAUCUGGCUUACAGAUCUUCCAUCUCAUAUUAUCAUAUUCAGCCAUGCCCUGCAUUGCACUUUCGAGCGCAAGUAUUGUAUUGUACAAUGAAAAUACUUCACUUUAACAGUUUGGCGUCCCGCAUUCCAUCCACUUCAUUUCAGUUUCAGAAAUUGCCAUUUUCCGAAAACCGAUUUUCCCCAAAAGAUAUGUAGUUUCGAAGCACUUUGAAGUUCUUCUGUGGGUUUGUCGAAAGAGCUAAUAAAAUAAUAAUAGCAAAAGUGUAUUUAUGUAUAUUAAAUCUUUAAAAUAUUUAACGUUUAGCGUAAAACAUACAUACGUAUAGGGUAAAGUAUUCCAUUAUGCUACCCUUUAUGCAUGCCCAUUAAGACUUGGCCAAGUGCUUCAGCAAAACUGUUGAUGUUGGCAAAACAUGUGUUGGAGGAAUAAAUGAGGCUAACGAGAAUAACCUUCGCCGCACAGGCUCAACGUACAUUCCUUCAUGUCUUCAUGAAUUUCAAGUCUCCGUACGAUACUAACUCUCUCUUUGUCGCGUUUAAUCAACUCAUUUAACCCCAAUCUCCCUACUGUUUAUCUAUCGAAUCCCGUAGAUUAUAUUGAAAUACAUCAUCGCAUCUUACUAAAGACAUAAAGACAUUUGCUUUGAUUGCUAAAAAAAUUUA